AUGGAGAAGGCACUCAGCCCUCGCUGCCGCCUCCCUGUUGCUCAGAGGCAGGCUCUGGAAGCCAAGGACCCCCGUGAGAGACGCUCCCUCCCUCCUACCCCCGACAGAGGUGGGACCGCCUGGGAGGGGGCGCAGGACCGAGGGGUCGUUGCCGGGCAAGGAGUGCGCCAGAAGGAACCAGAGAGCGCGCACGGGGACCGGCUGCUGCAGGGCGGCGGUGGCGGCAGCGGGCAGCGCCUUCUCUCGCCCGCCCGCCGGGAGUGGACCAUGCACUGCAGCUGUCUCGCCGAGGGCUUCCCCGCCGCCUCCCCAUGCAACUACUGGGUCUCAGGCUUGGCCUUCCCGGACUGGGCCUACAAAGCCGAGUCGUCCCCCGGCUCCCGGCAGAUCCAGCUGUGGCACUUCAUCCUGGAGCUACUGCAGAAGGAGGAGUUCCGCCACGUCAUCGCCUGGCAGCAGGGAGAGUACGGGGAGUUUGUCAUCAAGGACCCAGACGAGGUGGCCCGCCUCUGGGGCCGCAGGAAAUGCAAGCCACAGAUGAACUAUGACAAGCUGAGCCGGGCGCUCAGGUAUUACUACAAUAAGAGGAUCCUGCACAAGACCAAAGGCAAGAGGUUCACGUACAAGUUCAACUUCAGCAAGCUCAUCGUGGUCAACUAUCCUCUGUGGGAAGUGCGGGCACCACCGUCCCCCCACUUGCUGCUGGGGGCCCCUGCCCUGUGUCGGCCGGCCCUGGUGCCCAUGAGUGUGCAGAGUGAGCUCCUGCACAGCAUGCUGUUCACCCAUCGGGCCGUGGUGGAGCAGCUUGGUGCACAGCAGGCCUCCCGAGGACCACCAGAGGCCUCUGGGGACAAGAAGGGGAACAGCAGCAGUGUCCACCGACUGGGCUCUGGCCCCUGCCGGCUGAGCCCUUGCUGCCACUUCGGGAGCCUCCAAGGCGAGCUGCCCAGUUUGGCCUCCUUCACCCCGCCCCUGCCACCCCCUCUGCCCUCCGAUUGGCCCCGCCUCUCAGGCUCCUUCUUGCCCCCUCUGACCUCAGAGCGGCAGCUCCCCAGGGCCUCCAAGCCGGACACCCUGCUCCCAGCACUUCCCUUGCUGGCCGGGCUGGGACCAGGCACAGGGGAGAGGCUUCGGCUCCUGUCCCUGAAGCCCGAGGGACCAGAGGCAAAGCCUGAUCCCGUGACGCGGGUCAUGGGCAGCCUGGAGGCCAGGGUGGGCUUCCCCUUGGAGACCCAUGGACUCAAAGCUGGGGAGGAAAGCUCUACGGCCCCCAGCCUGGAGACCCCCAAGGCCCUGUGGCCCUUGGAUCCUCCCUAACUGGAGGGGAAGGCGUGUGGCGCCCCCCUCCCCACAGGACACCGACGAAGGCCCAGCAGGACUGUGAAGAGGGUGAAGUCACAGCAAGGUGGACAGGGGCGCACUCUGCAGAGAAAGCUCAAAUGUGGGGAAACUGAGGCAGCCCUCCACCUUGCUAACAAGACCAGGGGACAGCCUCGAUUGCAACUUUAUCCUUGAAGAAGAUGAGGUUGAGAUUUCCAUCAUUUGAAGCGUGCCAGGAACCCACCCGGGGCGGGAGGGAGAACUUGGGGUUUAGGCCAGUGAGGGCACGAGGUCGUUCUGUCCCCCACCUCGCAGGCAGCUUCUCUAUCCUCCCGACCCCCCUCUACCCCCUGUGCACAUGCCUCUCAUCUUGGAAGUUCCUUCCAUUGCAGGCACUUCCUCCUCCCUCGACUUCCCCUGGUCCCAGGCAGGUGCAGAGGGAGGGGCUGGCCCAGCUCUGUGACACUCCCACUGCCCAGCACAAUAAAACGCCCCUGGCAAACCGCCCUCUCGCCCACAGCCUCCCUGGGCGGGCCCCAGGCCCCCUACGAGCUGGGGUGGAGCUGAACACCUCGAAGGGGUCCAAUGGGGAUGAGGGAGGCUUGAGGGAGGGCUACAGCCUGGGAGAACUGGAAUCAGUGUCCUCCCUCUGGUCAUCGCUUCCCAGUGGUGGCAGGAGGAGCUGCUGGGCCGAGGGGGAAGGAAUUUCAGAGCAGAGUGGCCUUGGGGUCCCGCCUGCCUGCGGAGCAAGCCAGAGGCUCUGUGAGGGGCUGGAUGA